CUGAGAUCCAGCACGUUGCACUGUUGUUAAGACUUUCCUCUCCUUUUGCUUUUUACGUGAGCAGUGAGGAACCGUGAUUUGAGCGCCUCAUCAUUCAGAGGAGGGAGAAGUGGAGCUCUCCGUCUGCGUAUUUUCGAGCCUUAUUUUCAAAGUGAAGACAUGCAGGCUCGCUACUCCGUUUCCAGUCCCAACUCGCUCGGCGUCGUGCCGUACAUCAGCAGCGACCCGAGCUACUACCGGGCCGCUGCCGGUGGGGGAUACACCGGGAUGCCAGCACCCAUGAACAUGUACUCUCAUGCGGCUCAUGACCAAUACCCUGCCAGCAUGGCCCGGGCGUAUGGACCGUACACCCCUCAACCUCAGCCCAAGGAUAUGGUCAAACCCCCCUAUAGUUAUAUUGCGCUCAUCACCAUGGCUAUCCAAAACUCGCCUGACAAGAAGGUGACCCUGAAUGGGAUUUACCAGUUUAUCAUGGAGAGGUUCCCCUUUUACCGAGACAACAAGCAGGGCUGGCAGAACAGCAUCAGGCACAAUCUGUCUCUGAAUGAGUGUUUUGUCAAAGUGCCCCGUGAUGAUAAAAAACCCGGUAAAGGCAGCUACUGGACCCUGGACCCGGACUCUUACAACAUGUUUGAAAACGGGAGCUUCUUGAGAAGGCGACGACGGUUUAAGAAGAAGGACGUGCAGAAAGAGAAAGACGACCGGCUGCAGAAGGAUCUGCCGCCGAGGCAGCAAGGCCGGGAGCAGGAGCAGCCGGUGCAGGGCUCCAAGCCCGUGAGGAUCCAGGAUAUUAAGACUGAGAACGGGACAGUCACGCCACCGCAGGCCGACUCGCCCUCUUUGAGCACCGUGCCCAAAAUCGAGAGCCCGGACAGCAGUAGCAUGUCCAGCGGGAGCCCUCACAGCAUCCCAUCCAAUAGGUCCAUCGGCAUGGACAGCUCCGAGCACCACCAGCACCACGGCCAGGCCUCGACGCAGGGCUUCAGCGUAGACAACAUCAUGACCUCCCUCCGGGGGUCUCCACAAGGGGCCACUGAGCUCACCUCCAGCCUCAACGCUUCCACCAGGACAGGUAUAACACCGUCUUUGUCCUUAAACUAUUCUCCCAAUCAGACAUCCGUCUAUAGUUCACCCUGUAACCAAAACUCCAUCUCCACUACCUCCAAUGCAACCUACCAUUGUAACAUGCAAGCCAUGAGCUUGUAUGCCGGGGACAGAUCUAGCCACUUGGCGCCGAGCACCACCGUGGACGAAACGUUGCCAGAUUACUCAGUCACUACCACCUCAUCCUCCCUGACCCAUGGCAAUCUAAACUCCGGGCAGGAGGGCCACCAUCCCCACCAAGGGAGGCUGACCUCAUGGUACCUCAACCAGGCCGGAGACCUGGGCCAUCUGGGCGCAACGUACCCAGCACAGCAGCAGAACUUUCAUUCAGUCCGAGAGAUGUUUGAAUCCCAGAGAAUUGGCUUGAAUAAUUCGCCAGUGAAUGGGAAUAACAGCUGUCAGAUGUCAUUCCCACCGAGCCAAUCCAUCUAUCGCACUUCGGGAGCUUUCGUGUAUGACUGCAGCAAGUUCUGACCAACCCCCCCCCCCACACACACACACACACACACACUCAGUAUUCACGGUGUUUGAACUCUUUCAGUAAAAUUCAGCGUUUCUCCCUCUCUUACCUGCCCACACCACAUGGACAAAUAUGAGACAGAAAACAAACAGAAAAGACUUGAUCUUGGUUUUUUCUAAAGAACAGUGUUACUGCAAAUAACAGUAAGUCUCUCUUUGCUUUUGUGGCUUUAUAUGAUAUGUUAAGGAUAUGUCAGUUUUCAUGGACGUGUAAAUUGCAUAUAGUAAUUUAUUUCUAAAAUGUAGCCGGAUAUUAUGGACCAAACACCAAAAAAGUGUUUCUAAAUUGAAUUGCCUUAAUUGUCCAAAAAAAUUGUUCCACUAUAAAAGUAAGAAAAAGGAACGUGUAUAUCGCCGUACUAUUUCAAAGAUUCUUCCUUUGUUGAAAAGUAUUUUGAAGGAUUUGUUUGUUUGUUUAAUAAAUUGUCAUUUAAUGUGAGUUAAA